GGAAUGCUCGCGCCAGCUCCACCUCCGAAAAACGACAUACGGAAAACGACGCCGUUCUUUCACCGACACUGAGAUGAGAUGAACAAGGGUCAUCGGAGGGGUUGAUCCGAUCCGAUCCGAUCCGAAUCAGCAGCACCACCAUGUUUCUGUUCGACUGGUUCUACGGCGUGCUGGCGUCACUGGGUCUGUGGCAGAAGGAGGCCAAGAUCUUGUUCCUUGGGCUCGACAACGCCGGCAAGACCACCUUGCUUCACAUGUUGAAAGAUGAGAGGCUGGUACAGCAUCAACCUACGCAGCAUCCGACAUCCGAGGAGUUGAGUAUUGGCAAAAUCAAGUUCAAGGCUUUUGAUUUGGGAGGUCAUCAGAUUGCUCGCAGAGUCUGGAAGGAUUACUAUGCUAAGGUAGAUGCUGUGGUGUACCUUGUGGAUGCCUAUGACAAGGAGAGGUUUGCUGAAUCAAAGAAGGAACUAGAUGCGCUCCUUUCUGAUGAAUCCCUUGCCAGUGUCCCAUUUCUUAUUCUGGGGAACAAGAUCGACAUACCAUAUGCUGCUUCAGAAGAUGAGUUGCGAUACCACCUUGGACUGACCAACUUCACCACAGGCAAAGGGAAGGUAAACCUAGCCGACUCAAAUGUCCGUCCAUUAGAAGUCUUCAUGUGCAGUAUUGUACGUAAAAUGGGCUAUGGCGAUGGUUUUAAGUGGCUCUCCCAAUACAUUAAGUAGAUUCAAGGAUGGUCGAUGAAAUGUUUUGGAGGCUCUUGAACUACCAAAACAUGUCCCGUCUUUAAUGUUGGAAAACUUUAUUAUGUCCUGCUUUGUUUAGGCUCUUAGAGGGCUUUUAAAUUGGAUCUACAUGUGGUCUUUGGAUUUGUGUGGAAGGAAAAUAUGAACAGCACUGCUAUGUACAAUUUU